AUGGAGGCUGACGAGAAGAUCAAAUGCCUUCAGGAGUUCCCAGAACAUCAUAAAAUGAUCCUGGACCGAUUGAAUGAACAGCGACAGCAGGAUCGGUUUACUGACAUCACCCUGAUUGUCGACGGACACCAUUUUAAGGCCCACAAGGCUGUUUUGGCUGCUUGCAGUAAGUUCUUCUACAAUUUCUUUCAGGAGUUUACUCAGGAAACUUUGGUGGAGAUAGAAGGUGUUAGUAAAAUGGCCUUCCAUCAUUUAAUUGAGUUCAUAUACACAGCAAAGUUAAUGAUACAAGGAGAAGAAGAAGCCAAUGAGGUAUGGAAAGCAGCAGAGUUCCUACAAAUGCUAGAAGCUAUCAAAGCACUUGAAGUCAGGAACAAAGAAAACUCCGCUCCACUAGAGGAAAAUACCACAGGAAAAAGUGAGGCAAAAAAAAGAAAGAUUGCAGAAACUUCAAAUGUUAUCACUGAGUCAUUGCCCUCUGCAGAAUCAGAACCUGUUGAAAUUGAGGUGGAGAUUGCUGAAGGCAUAAUUGAAGUGGAAGAUGAAGGCAUCGAAACGUUGGAGGAAGUGGCUUCUGCCAAGCAGUCCAUAAAGUACAUUCAGAGCACAGGGUCCUCUGAUGAUUCUGCCCUGGCACUGUUGGCAGAUACUACCAGCAAGUACCGGCAAGGUGAUAGAAAAGGGCAGAUAAAAGAAGAUGGUUGUGCAUCUGACCCCACAAGCAAACAGGAACACAUGAAAUCACACUCCACUGAGAGUUUCAAGUGUGAAAUAUGCAAUAAAAGGUAUCUUCGGGAGAGUGCAUGGAAACAGCACCUCAACAGUUACCACCUCGAAGAAGGUGGAGUCAGUAAGAAGCAAAGAACUAGGAAAAAAAUUCACAUAUGUCAAUACUGUGAGAAACAGUUUGACCACUUUGGACAUUUUAAAGAGCAUCUUCGAAAACAUACAGGUGAAAAACCUUUUGAAUGUCCAAAUUGUCAUGAACGAUUUGCUAGAAAUAGCACCCUCAAGUGUCAUCUGACUGCAUGCCAGACUGGAGUACGGGCAAAAAAGGGAAGAAAGAAGCUUUAUGAAUGCCAGGUCUGUAACAGUGUGUUUAACAGCUGGGACCAGUUCAAAGAUCAUUUGUUAAUACACACUGGAGAUAAACCCAACCAUUGUACUUUAUGUGACUUGUGGUUUAUGCAAGAAAAUGAAUUAAGGAGGCAUCUCAGUGAUACUCACAAUAUUUCAGAGUGUCUAGUAACUGAAGAAGUUCUUUCAGUAGAAACACGUGUACAAACUGAACCUGUGACGUCAAUGGCUAUUAUAGAACAAGUUGGGAAGGUGCAUGUGUUACCAUUGCUUCAGGUUCAGGUGGAUUCAGCACAAAUGACUGUGAAACAGGUCCCUCCUGAUCUGCUCCAGGACAGCCAAGUGCAUGAUUCACAUAUGAGUGAUCUUCCAGAGCAGGUCCAGGUGAGUUAUCUAGAAGUGGGUCAAAUUCAGACUGAAGAAGGUACUGAAGUACACGUGGAGGAGCUGCACGUCGAGCAGGUAAAUCAGUUGCCAGUAGAAGUACAGACUGAACUUCUAGAAGCCGACUUGGAACAAGUGACCCUUGAAAUCAUGAACCAGGAGGAGAGAGAGCCCACCCAAGCAGAUUGUACUGAGGCUGGCAGGGAAGAUCGCAAAGAUGCUGAUGGUUUAGAGACCAAAUCAACAGUGGAUUCCCAAGCUGAAAGGGCAGGGAAUGAGAACAGAACACCUAUGCCUGUUUUAGAAUGAAAUAACAAAUGAAUAUAUUUUUAAAUUUAUGUGUUGGGUUUUUGAACUGAUGAUGGGCAGUGUGACUGUCCUUGGGCUAACAGACAAGUGGACCAAAGGUAAAGUCUUUCCUGUUGUGAACUGUUUCUGUUGAAACAGAUUUCUCCCCACUUAAUGCCACAGAGGAGAUAUCUUUCCCAUAAAUGAAUGGGAAGCUUUGAGAAGUAUUAUUUCUGGAAACUUAAAUGGAUUAUAUUCUCACUAUAUAGUUGGGUACAAAUGUAUCUAUUUUCAUUGUGAUAAGGGUUCUCCCUUCUCUCUUUCCCAGGUCAUGUCCUUUCUCAGAUUUAUUCCAUGUUGUAAAAUCAAACAUAAAAUCAUUAGAAUACAAAUUGAUGUAUUCUAAUGCAUGUUAGAAAAUUGAAUAUAUAGGAAACACAAGGCUGCCUGAAGAAAAGUACACUGUUACUGUGCAGUUAAAUUUUUGGCUUCUGGCUUUCUUUAGUUUGAACAACCUUCUUGUCUUUACUGAUAGUCAUGGAUGUCAUCUUUGCAACAGGAACAGAGUGGUGGUGGCAAAAUUUCUAGAAUGUAAAAAACAAAAAACCACACCCAUGUGCCUUUUCAAAACCAAAAAACUUCUAUAAAGUGUCUCUGGUUCUUUCAAAGUUUGUGUUGUAAGGAGCAAUGUAGGUGAUGCUGUAGUAGUUUAUGUUUUUGCUUAUAAUGGCAACUACCAAUUCUUUUUCUUGGUAACUUAGGUUGAGAAGUUUCAUUUAAUGGCAACUGAAGGGCCAUUUCCAAUUGGGAAAAUUCAUUUAUAUCUGUGGUAAACAUUUUUUUUUUUUUGAUGAAAAGUUGCACUAAUAUUUUACCACCAGAU